AAUUAACUUAUCAUACUAAUCCGUACUUAAUAGAUAAGAUUUUCAAAAACACUUCUAAAAUUCUAAUCGCGUAAAAUGGUUAGAAUGACUCCUUUAAAUAAAACGGACUACGUGGUGAUUUUCUAGUAACUCGUCCAAUUCUCUACGUUUAAAAUGCCCACUUUACGACUUGGAAACGUUGUACCGAAUUUUGAAGCACCCAGUACUCAAGGGGUAAUCGAUUUUUAUGAAUACCAAGGAAAUUCUUGGGUCAUUUUAUUUUCACACCCAGCCGAUUUUACCCCUGUUUGCACGACUGAAUUAGGUAGAAUUGCUGUUCAUCAGCCGGAAUUUUCCAAAAGAAACGUUAAAUUAUUGGCGCAUUCUUGUGAUAAAUUGAAAUCUCACGUCGAUUGGGUUAACGAUAUCAAAAGUUAUUGUCAGGAUAUUCCCGGGGAAUUUCCCUAUCCAAUAAUCGCGGAUGAAAAUCGAGAAUUGGCUGUUAAAUUAGAUUUGAUCGACGAGUAUAAUCGUGAUAAUGAAGAUAUGGCGUUAACUGUACGUGGACUUUAUGUUAUCGAUCCUAAGCAUAAACUACGAUUAUCGAUGCAUUAUCCGGCUUCAACCGGAAGAAACGUUGAUGAAAUGUUGAGGGUUAUCGAUUCGUUACAAUUGGUUGAUAAAAUUCCUCAAAUUGCCACACCGGCCAAUUGGAUGCCUGGUGAUAAAGUCAUGAUUGUACCCUCGAUUAAAGAUGAAGAAGCCGAAAAAUUAUUUCCGGGCAGCGUUGAUAAAGUCGAUAUGCCAUCUGGUGUUUGUUAUGUCAGAACAACCACAAAAUAUAACAAAUAAUAACGAAUUUUGUUAGAAUUUACAUAAUAAAUAAAAAAUAUUAAUAAAUAA